GCGACGGCCUACAACAACACUUUCGGUUGAUGGUGACUAAUGCGUUUUUUUAUCAUCCAUCCAAGUCUAAAGAGGAUCAAUCCGGCGGAGCGGAAAUCAUCACUUCUGAGCUUCUUUGAAGACUAAGAAGGAACGUUGUCCACUCCAGUCAUUUGAUUAGCCAACAGACCACUUCUACUCUCUCAAACAGCUGUUAGGCUUUCGUGGCCCAUAGACUUUUGUUGCUCAAGCACAGAUAAAUUAAGAAAGCAAACACAGAAUGGAUAGAACAGAGCUUAUUCAGAAGGCCAAAUUGGCAGAGCAAGCCGAGCGUUAUGAUGACAUGGCGGCUUCCAUGAAGGAGGUGACGGAGGCUGGGACCGAGCUGUCGAACGAGGAGAGGAACCUGCUGUCCGUUGCCUACAAGAACGUGGUAGGUGCCCGGAGAUCAGCCUGGAGGGUUAUAUCCAGCAUUGAGCAGAAGACCGAAGGGAGCGACAAGAAGCUUCAGAUGGUCAAAGAAUACCGGGAGAAAGUGGAGUCUGAACUCAGAGACAUCUGCAAUGAUGUAUUGGAGCUGCUGAGCAAAUAUUUAAUUGAGAAUUCCACAAAUCCCGAAAGCAAGGUCUUUUACCUGAAGAUGAAAGGAGACUAUUACAGAUACCUUGCCGAAGUCGCCUCUGGAGAUGACAGGAAAGCCACCAUAGACAACUCUCAGGAUGCGUACCAAAAAGCAUUUGAUAUCAGCAAGACAGAGAUGCAGCCAACACACCCGAUUCGCCUAGGCCUGGCCCUGAACUUCUCCGUCUUCUUCUACGAGAUCCUGAACUCCCCAGAGAAGGCCUGCUCCCUCGCCAAACAGGCAUUUGAUGAAGCCAUAGCAGAGCUUGAUACACUGAAUGAAGAGUCUUACAAAGACAGCACCCUCAUCAUGCAGCUGCUAAGAGACAACCUCACAUUAUGGACAUCUGACAACGCAGCGGAAGAGGGAGAGGGAGGCGAAGGAGGAGAAAACUAAGGCUCAUGAGGAGGAAAAAAACCUUUUUACACAUCUCCAUUCCUUAUUAUUCUACCUUAAUUCUUCUAGUAAAGAAAAACCCACUGUCAUUCAAGAGCUGUUUAUGGAAAAAAAAAUCCAAUCAUUUAGUCUUUUCACAGUGCAGCUUUUGGAUGAGGAAAGAUUAAUUGGGGCGCAAGACCUUCCAUUCCUUGGUUUGUGUUUGUUCUGGCCUUCUGUUGCGUGCCGUCUCUGCUGUAGAAAAGUAUGACUAGCUUCGUUUUAUACCAGCAUCUUAAAAUUUAGUUAAAGAGAGAGACAUGCUUUUCGUUAGAUUUUGUUCCAGUUGAUUAUGUUUAAGACUUGUUGCAGGGAUAUUUAAUAUUUAGAUAACAGUUCUCUCACACACAAUACUGUUCUCAUAUAUCACCUCUCACGGUCGUAUAUCGCACCUCAGUACUGCCGUGUUAUGGGUCAUGCCACUGAAAUCCAUGGUGAGUCUCACUUCUAAUACUGAGCAGACUCUCAAGACUGCCACGUACAGAAAAUGGAGGUUUCUAAUUUAAACCCUUGUGUAGUUUAUGGAUGCCAUCAGAUAAUGUGUUUGCUCAGUGUGUUUGGUAAAAUAUUUACUCACUGUCAUUUUCAUGAGGCUGUUAACAUUGGCGUGGUCACUUUUGCUUGUGUCCUUUCUUAAAGGGGAGGAAUCAGGAGCACUAAUUUGGUUGUUACAUUGUGAACUGAAUUGAACUGAGAAUUAGAACUUUCUUUAAGUAGAAUAUUCAGAAUCUAUAGAACUGUGAUUUGUAGUGAUACUAUCCCCAUUGAUACUAAUUAAUUUGUCUCUAAAACUGGUAGCACCCAAUCUCUCAGUACUUGGGCGUGUUCAGCAGGGCAUAAUACCGCACAACACUUAGGUAGAAUCAAGUUUUAUAGUUUGAACUUGCUUAUUUAGUGUAUGUGAGCAUGUGUGACCUGUUACUAAUAUCACUGCAGCAUUUCACUACUGAACAUGGCCAAAUCAACUGACAUCUCACAGUUUGGUGACUUUGUUAUUAUUAUUUUUUUUUUAUUUGCUUUGAUGGCUGCUUGAAUUCAAAGCUCACAUCCCACUAUGGUUAUGAUACACAUUUCACCUGAAGCAUGAAUUGGAAAGGAAGCGGAAACAGCAGUUUGGCACUUAAGAGAUUAAAUGAAUUGAUGGAAGUUGAAUAAGGUAUGACCCAUGCAUGUCCUUGUUUAAGUACACCGGAAUGGGACUUGGCAUAUGUGCCAAGAUCAGGGUCCAGUUUAAGUACUUUUCAUUGCAGAUUUGUGCACGUGUGAGGGUGCGUGGUUGUCCAGUGAGUGUUGGAAUAGAUUUGGACCACUUAUUGUGUUUUGCUAAUCAUCAAUUGUAGUCUCCAAAAGCCUUGUGGACAUGUUUUACUCCCUGUGUAACACUUAUGUAACAUGAAUAAAAAGGACAUUUUAUAAACCAAA